GACGUCUUCCUCUUUCUUUGUCCGCAUCGUCAUCGCCAUUUUGUUGAGUUCUCGUAACGGAAAGAAGACAUUCCAUUAAGAACCGCCGCCCGGAGUGGAACAGGAAAACAUUACAAGAAACGAGACCUUCCGACGUUACUAAGACACACUCUAAUAUUUGAAUUCAACCUAAUCGAAAACAAAAAUGGCAAAAGCACCAGCAAUCGGUAUUGAUUUGGGGACCACCUACUCGUGUGUGGGAGUGUUCCAACACGGCAAGGUGGAAAUCAUCGCCAACGAUCAGGGCAACCGAACAACACCCAGCUACGUAGCCUUCACUGACACCGAACGGCUUAUUGGUGAUGCCGCCAAGAACCAGGUCGCCAUGAACCCCAACAACACUAUCUUUGAUGCCAAGAGACUGAUCGGACGUAAGUUCGAAGAUGCUACCGUCCAAGCCGACAUGAAACACUGGCCCUUCGAGGUGAUCAGUGACGGUGGCAAGCCCAAGAUCAGGGUCGCAUACAAGGGCGAGGCUAAGACAUUCUACCCUGAGGAGGUUUCAUCCAUGGUGCUGACCAAGAUGAAGGAAACAGCAGAAGCUUACUUAGGAAAGACUGUAACCAAUGCCGUGAUCACAGUUCCCGCCUACUUCAACGACUCCCAGCGACAAGCCACAAAGGACUCUGGAGCCAUCGCUGGGCUCAACGUCCUCCGUAUCAUCAACGAGCCCACUGCCGCCGCCAUUGCCUACGGCCUGGAUAAGAAGGGGUCAGGUGAGCGCAAUGUCCUAAUCUUCGAUUUGGGAGGUGGAACUUUCGACGUAUCCAUCCUGACCAUCGAGGAUGGUAUCUUCGAGGUGAAGUCAACAGCUGGUGACACUCACUUGGGUGGAGAGGACUUUGACAACAGGAUGGUCAACCACUUCGUCCAGGAGUUCAAGAGGAAGUACAAGAAGGACCUAACACAAAACAAGAGGGCGCUCCGUCGUCUGAGGACUGCCUGUGAACGAGCAAAGCGAACCCUGUCCUCAUCCACACAAGCCAGUAUUGAGAUCGACUCACUCUAUGAGGGAAUUGAUUUCUACACAUCCAUCACCCGAGCCCGAUUCGAAGAGUUGAAUGCAGACCUUUUCCGAAGCACUAUGGAACCCGUGGAGAAGUCCCUUCGAGAUGCCAAGAUGGACAAGGGGCAGAUCCAUGACAUUGUACUCGUUGGUGGCUCUACUCGAAUCCCCAAAGUGCAGAAACUGCUACAGGACUUCUUUAACGGGAAGGAACUCAACAAGUCCAUCAACCCUGACGAGGCUGUGGCGUAUGGUGCAGCCGUCCAGGCAGCCAUUCUGCAUGGAGAUAAGUCCGAGGAAGUACAGGACUUGCUUCUGCUCGAUGUAACACCUCUGUCUCUUGGUAUCGAGACAGCCGGAGGAGUGAUGACCGUUCUGAUCAAGAGGAACACAACUAUCCCCACGAAGCAGACACAGACAUUCACCACUUACUCCGACAAUCAGCCAGGAGUCUUGAUUCAGGUGUAUGAGGGUGAGAGAGCCAUGACCAAAGACAACAACCUUCUGGGCAAAUUCGAACUUACCGGUAUCCCACCUGCACCUCGUGGCGUACCACAGAUCGAGGUCACCUUCGAUAUCGAUGCUAACGGUAUCUUGAACGUCACCGCCGUGGAGAAGUCCACUGGCAAAGAGAACAAGAUCACAAUUACCAACGAUAAGGGACGUCUGAGCAAGGAGGACAUCGAGAGGAUGGUGAACGAUGCCGAGAAGUACAAGGCAGAAGAUGAAAAGCAGAAGGCGGUUAUUGCUGCCAAGAACGCCCUUGAAUCCUACUGCUUCAACAUGAAGAGCACCAUGGAGGAUGAGAAGUUAAAGGACAAGAUCUCAGCAACUGAUAAGACCACCAUCAUGGACAAGUGCAACGAGGUGAUCCGCUGGCUCGACGCCAACCAGCUGGCCGAGAAGGAGGAAUACGAGCACAAGCAGAAGGAACUGGAGAGUAUCUGCAACCCGAUCAUCACCAAGUUGUACCAGAGCGCAGGAGGUGCACCAGGCGGAAUGCCGGGUGGUAUGCCAGGUGGCAUGCCUGGUGCCGGUGGUGCAGGAGCAGCCCCGGGCGGCGGUGCCGGUCCUACCAUCGAAGAAGUCGACUAAUAAGUUCAGACUUUAAAAAAAAGCAUUUACCAUUUGAAAGCUCUUCAAUUCCAAAGCGUAAUGAAACUAAUCAAAUUGCUUCUGAUGCAUUCGUUUUAAAAAUAAUGUUCCUCAUUUAUUUCAAGUAGCGUAUUAUUAUACCUGUGUAAAAGUUGAACUUCAAGUUUUAACAUUUAUUUUUAUUGUAUGCAUGUAAGAAACAUUUUACAUCUUUAUGAAAAUAAUUCAACACAAAUGAAAUUUUUUUUAUUUCUAUACAGUAUAGUUUCAGAGUAUGUAUAUUAGCAUCAUGUUGAUAACUCUUGUUCCAAAUAAAGUUUCAUUUUGUAAGGGC